GGCCCGGCGCGGCCAUGGCGGCGGACGAGCUGUACCUGGAGAACAUCGACGAGUUCGUCACCGACCACAACCGCGUCGUGACCUACAAGUGGCUGAGCUACACCCUGGGCGUCCACGUGAACCAGGCUAAACAUAUAAACCACAGCCUGUUAAAUGUCCUGGAGCAGUGCCACAAGGUCGCAGUAGUGAGGGAGGAUAAACUGGAAGCAAUGAAGUCCAAGCUGUCCACAAUUGCCAGUGUGCACGUGUACAGCAUUCAGAAGGCCCUGCUCAAGGACAGCUCCCCCCUCUACAACACCGACUACGACAUCGUCAAGGCAAACCUGCAGCACUGCAGCAAGUUCAGUGCCAUCCGCUGCGCUGCCGCCGUGCCCAGGACGCCGCCCGCCGCCGCCCGCGCGCCGCCGCCCGCGCAGAGCCCCCCGCGGCACCGGGACCCCCAUGCCACCGCCAAUGGCCACGGGCCCCGGUCUGCCGGGCCCCCCCCACAGCAGCAGAAGGGCAUCAUGGGCAUGUUUGCAGCCAAAGCAGCGGCCAAAGCCCAGGACACAGCCAAGGAGGCCAAGGCAGAGGCCAAGGAGGCCCCGAGCGUGUCUGCAGCAAGCAGCAAGCCACCAACAAAGAACAGCAUCAUGAACAACUUCUUUGGAAAGGCUGCUAUGAAUAAACUCAAAGCCAACUCUGUGCCUGAGCAGCCAAAGGAGGAGAAAGAAGUAGUGAAGCCUUCAGUUGCUGCAGCAGAACCAGAGUCAUCUCCUAGUACUGUAGCAGAGAAACCUGGGAAGAAAACAGAGUCUGUCAGAAUUCAGCAAAAGGACAAGAAAAGUAAAACGAAGAGAGCGGAUGGGUCAGAUGACGAGGAAGAAAGAGAUCCUGAAAAUGUCAAGAAAAAGAGGAAGCGAAUCAAGCAACUUGUGUCUGACAGCAGUGAUGAAGAAGAUGUCCCACCCUCUCCCACACCCGAGGAAGAGAGAGCUCCAUCUCCACCACCUGAACCUGCUCUGAAAACUGAGCUGGAGCCUGCAUCCACAGAGGUGUCAGCUGGAGGGAGGAAGAGGAAGCGGAGGCGCGUGCUGAAAUCCAAGAUGUUUAUUGAUGAAGAGGAAGGCUGCAUGGUGACUGAGAAGGUUUACGAGAGUGAAUCCUGCACGGACAGCGAGGAUGAAUUCCCCAAGCCCAAGGCACCAGCUCCACAAAAACAGCCCGUGCUCCCCACCAAGAGAGAGCCAAAGGAAGAAAGGAAGAACGCAAAGAAAGGGGCAGCUCCUGCCAGCAGAGCCAACAAACAGAUCUCCAUCAUGGGAUUUUGCCAGAAGAAAUGAACUGGCUCUAUCUCCUCUUGGCAGCUUGGGAGUGUUGCUCCCUUUUUUCGUGUGGCUCUCUGCAAGCUGCUGCUGCUUGUGGGGGCCAACAUGCAACCCCUGGUUAUGCAAGGUGUCCUGCUUACUGUGUAAGGAAGCCCUCUGGACUAGAUUUUGUAUCAGAGAAAAGUUUUUAUUUGUUACUGCAAUAAUUUCAGUCAUCACUAGGCGCUGUGGGAACUGCCAGCUAGAGGCAGCAUCUAGAGGAACUCUUGAAAGGCUGUUAAAUCUGUUCACAUGAAAUUGUAUUUUUUUAAUCACUCCUUUGGUGCUAAGUUAGGAGAGGAGUUGUGGUGUUUUCCUCCCCUCUUUGUACACCCCCAGCUCUUCAGAUUGGUCCAGAUGUUCACGUUGGGUAGCAGCAGUAACGUAGCAGGUCUUCAGGCACAGACACAAAUAUUGAACAUCUGCUUCGGCUUUAGCUGAAUGAAGUGUACUUCAUUUUCCCCCUAAGACUGGUAAAUAGUUUUUGCUCUGCCUUUCAUAAUCUUUUUUUGGACAAAGCAGUGCAUAUAAAAUUCUCUUACUCUUUUCUUCCUUGAACGUAUCCUCUGUAACUUGCUCAGAUGCCUAAUUAUAGACUGGGACACUGUUGGUGUUCUGUCUUUACAAAAACAUCCUUGAGGCUUCCCACCCAAUUGGCUCCAGAGUAAUUGGGGGAAGGCUUUGCUGUGAUUGGGAAAUAACUGGAUCUUUGGAGGCCCAUGAGUCAGAAGGAAGGGUGAUGAGAGGGCACUGCUGAUAACCCCAGGCAGGUACCAGGGAACAGCACGUGCUGCAUCGCAGGGUUUGGAAGUUUUGGGUUGCCUGAAGGGUUUUUUUACAGGCAUAAACCAGACAAGAGAAGAGUUUUUCCUUGGACAUCUCGUCAUCUGCCUGCUGAAGGAAGAGUGCCACAGCACAUGGUCCCAAGGAACCUGUUAUGGGAGAGGAAUACAGCACAGCAAUCCUGUUAACCACAGAGGAGCUCGGUCUGGGCCUCCUGCUUGGCUGGUGCUGAGGCUGAUAGACAGAUGUGAAGGAUUUUCCAGAGGGCUGAUGCUGAGCACUCCUGAAGCUUGGGCUGGUGAGUGCUUCCAGGUAGGGCUGGUGUCCUCAGUGGUUGGUGGAGAGGAGCUGCUGCACCCCAGCAGCACCACUGGGUUGUACCUGUGCUGUGGCCUGGGAAGAGAAUGAUCAGCCUUAUUCUGGUUUAAUGAAAAAGUUUAACUGUUGAGAGCAAAACCCAGCCUGCCAUAGUGGUUCUGUUGUUCUUGGUGGUAGAGUUGAGAGGGUAUUUUUAAAGGAAACGAGAAGUAACAAAUCCCAUUGAACACAGUUUUGGUUUGUUGGUUUUUGGUUUUGUUUUUGGGUUUUUUUUUUAUUUGCCCUUAUUCAUUAAAUAAUGUGUCAA